CUUUUGCGCUCAUUCUGGGCUUAGCUGCUACUCGUGGAAAAUGGCGGCGCGGUGAGCUCCGGCCAGGCAGGAAAAAAGUGGGAAAAUAAAGGGAAAAGAAGUAAAAGAAAGGGGAAAAACGCGGCGGCUUUGUCCAGCGGACUCAGCGUAUCAGAGAGAUUAGUUUUCUUUGGUAGUUUGCGAGGAUGUCCCGGUGGGUCCCCACUAAGAAGGAAAAGUACGGCGUCGCAAUCUACAACUAUGACGCCAAGGGGCCUGAGGAGCUCUCCUUGCAGAUUGGGGACACCGUGCACAUUCUAGAGACCUAUGAAGGCUGGUACAGAGGGCACCGCCUGCGUAGGAAGACAAAAAAGGGCAUUUUCCCCGUGGGCUACAUUCACCUGAAGGACGCCGCCAUCGAAGGCAGUGGGCAGAAGGAGACAGUCAUCCCCAUCGAGCAGCCCCUGGUCCACGAGGUCACCACCACAUUACGAGAAUGGGCUGCCAUCUGGAGGGAGCUCUUUGUGGGGGACAAGCGGGAGACCUUCAACAGCGUCCGCGACAUGAUCUACGACCUCAUCGAGUGGCGGUCCCAGAUCCUGUCCGGCACCCUUCCUCAAGACGAGCUGACGGAGCUCAAGCAGAAGGUCACUUCGAAAAUAGAUUACGGGAACAAGUACCUGGGCCUGGACCUGGUGGUUCGGGAUAAGGACGGGAAUAUCCUGGAUCCAGACCUGACCAGCACCAUCAGCCUGUUCCGAGCCCAUGAAGCAGCCUCCAAGCAAAUAGAGGAGAGGAUACAGGAGGAGAAGUCCCAGAAGCAGAACUUGGACCUCAGCCGGCAGGAGAAGUUUGCCUCCACGCCUUCCUUUGCCUUGUUCAUCACCCUGAAGAACGUGGUGUGUAAGAUCGGCGAGGACGCCGAGGUGCUCAUGUCUCUGUACGACCCCGUGGAGUCCAAGUCCAGGUUUAUCAGUGAGAAUUACCUGGUGCGAUGGUCAAGCUCCGGAUUGGUAAAAGACAUCGACCAGCUGCACAACCUGCGAGCCGUCUUCACUGACCUGGGCAGUGAGGACCUUAAGAGGGAGAAGAUCUGCUUUGUCUGUCAGAUCGUGAGGGUCGGCCGCAUGGAGCUGAGGGACAACAAUGCACGCCGGUUGACUUCAGGGCUCCGCCGGCCAUUUGGAGUUGCCGUGAUGGACGUCACUGACAUCAUAACGGGUAAAAUGGACGACGAAGACAAGCAGCAUUUCAUUCCGUUCCAGCCGGUGGCAGGGGAGAACGACUUCCUCCAGACAGUCAUCAACAAGGUCAUCGCUGCCAAAGAGGUCAACCACAAGGGACAAGGAGGAACCCACUGGAAAUCCCGAAAUCUCAAGGGCAGCUUGCAAAGCCCACACACACACAGCAUGCGAACCUCCAGUGCUGGAGGGUUGUGGGUGACACUGAAACUACUCCCUGGAGACAUCCAUCAGAUCCGCAAAGAUUUCCCUCACCUAGUGGAUCGGUCAACGGCUGUGGCCCGGAAGAUGGGAUUCCCCGAAAUCAUCAUGCCAGGUGACGUCCGCAACGACAUAUAUGUGACGUUGGUCCAGGGGGACUUCGAAAAGGGCAAUAAGACCGCAUGGAAAAAUGUGGAGGUCACCAUGUCUGUUCACGAUGAAGAUGGCAAAAAACUGGAGAACGUCAUUUUUCCUGGUGCUGGCGAUGAUGGGAUCAUGGAGUACAAGUCUGUGAUCUACUACCAAGUGAAACAAUCGCGCUGGUUUGAAACGGUCAAGGUGGCUAUUCCCAUCGAGGACGUGAACCGCAGCCACCUGCGCUUCACCUUCCGCCACAGGUCGUCUACGGAAUCAAAGGACAAAUCGGAGAGAAUAUUUGCCCUGUCGUUCGUCAAACUGAUGCGAUACGACGGCACGACUCUGCGGGACGGGGAGCACGAUCUCAUUGUCUACAAGGCAGAGGUGAAGAAGCUGGAGGACUCUUCGCUCUACCUGAACCUCCCUGCCACCAAGGUGGAGAUGGAGGAGAAGGGCUAUGCUACAACGAGCAGGAGCAUGCUGAACUUGAGCAGCUGUACUAUCAGCAAGGACUGCUUCCAGAUCUCAACCCUGGUGUGCUCCACCAAGCUCACGCAGAACGUGGACCUGCUGGGUCUCCUCAAGUGGCGCUCCAACACCAGUCUCCUGCAGCAGAACCUCCGGCAGCUUAUGAAGGUGGAUGGAGGGGAGGUGGUGAAGUUUCUGCAAGACACACUGGAUGCUCUCUUCAACAUCAUGAUGGAGAAUUCAGACAGCGACACAUUCGAUACUCUGGUGUUUGACGCCCUGGUAUUCAUCAUCGGGCUCAUUGCCGACAGGAAAUUCCAGCACUUUAACCCUGUCCUGGAGACGUACAUCCGCAAGCAUUUUAGUGCCACUCUGGCCUACACGAAGCUGACCAAGGUCCUGAAGAAUUACGUGGAAAAUGCGGAGAAGCUAAGCGACCAGCUGCUGAAGGCCAUGAAGGCCAUGGAGUACAUCUUCAAGUUCAUCGUCCGCUCCAGGGUGCUCUUCAACCAGCUGUACGAGAACAAAGGAGAGGCCGACUUUGUGGAGUCCCUGCGCAGCCUCUUCACGUCCUUCAGUGACAUGAUGAGCGACGGCUCGGAGAGCAUCGACACGGUUAAGGAUGCUGCCCUGAAAUACGUUCCCACCAUCGUCAAUGACGUCAAACUGGUUUUUGAUCCGAAGGAGCUCAGCAAGCUGUUCAUUGAGUUCAUCCUCAAAGUUCCUCUGGGUCGCCUGGUUAAGGAGAAGCUGUACUGCAUGAUUGACAUCGUCCACAGUGACCUCUUCACUCAGCAUGAUUGCCGUGAGAUCCUGCUUCCCCUCAUGACCGACCAGCUGAAGUUCCACCUGGAGGAGCAGGAGAAGUUCGAGGCUUGCUGUCAGCUCCUCAGCAACAUCCUGGAGGUGCUCAACAGGAAGGAUGUGGGCCCCGCACAGUGGCACAUUCAGAUCAUCACAGAGAAGCUCCUGCGCACAGUCAACAGGACGGUCAUCUGUAUGGGUCGCGACUCCCAGCUCAUCGGCAGCUUCGUGGCCUGUAUGACAGCAAUGCUGCGGCAGAUGGAGGAUUACCACUACACGCACCUGAUCGGCGCCUUCGGCAAGAUGAGGACGGACGUGGUGGACUUCCUGAUGGAGACCUUCAUCAUGUUCAAGGAUCUCAUCGGCAAGAACGUUUACCCCGCUGACUGGGUGAUAAUGAACACCAUGCAGAACAAAGUCUUCUUGCGGGCCAUCAAUCAGUAUGCGGCCGUCCUGAACAAGAGGUUCUUGGAUCAGACCAGCUUUGAGCUCCAGCUCUGGAACAACUACUUCCACUUGGCUGUGGCCUUCCUCACCCAGGAGUCCCUGCAGCUGGAGAACUUCUCCAGCGCCAAGCGGGCCAAGAUCUUCCACAAGUACCAAGACAUGAGAAGGCAGAUCGGGUUUGAAAUCCGAGACAUGUGGUACAACCUGGGUCCCCACAAGAUCAAGUUCAUCCCGGAGAUGGUGGGGCCCAUACUGGAGAUGACACUGGUGCCGGAGAUGGAGCUGCGCAAGGCCACCAUUCCCAUCUUCUUCGACAUGAUGCAGUGCGAGUUCCUCCUCACCCGCACUUUUCAGCGGUUCGAGAACGAGAUCAUCACCAAGCUGGAUCACGAGGUGGAGGGCGGCCGCGGUGACGAGCAGUACAAGGUCCUCUUCCAGAAGAUCCUUCAGGAACACUGUCGCAAGCACAAGUACCUGGCAAAGAACGGGGAGACCUUCGUCACGCUGGUGGUGAGGCUGCUGGAACGCCUGCUGGACUACAGGACCAUCAUGCAUGACGAGAACAAGGAGAAUCGCAUGAGCUGCACCGUCAACGUGCUGAACUUCUACAAAGAGAUUGAAAGGGAGGAGAUGUACAUAAGGUACUUGUACAAACUGUGUGACCUCCACAGAGAGUGUGACAACUACACGGAGGCCGCCUACACGCUGCUUCUGCACGCCAAGCUCCUAAAGUGGUCCGAGGAGCCGUGUGCCGCCCAUUUGACGCAGAGGGAUGGCUAUCAGGCGGCUACGCAGGGACAGCUGAAGGAGCAGCUCUACCAAGAGAUCAUCAGCUACUUCGACAAGGGCAAGAUGUGGGAGGAGGCCAUCAUCCUGGGGAAAGAGCUGGCCGAGCAGUACGAGAACGAGAUGUUCGACUUCGAGCAGCUCAGCGCCUUGCUGCGCAAGCAGGCCCAGUUUUACGAGAACAUUGUCAAGGUGAUCAGACCCAAGCCAGACUACUUCGCCGUCGGCUACUACGGCCAGGGAUUCCCCUCCUUCCUCAGGAACAAGAUGUUCAUCUACAGAGGAAAGGAGUAUGAACGUCGGGAGGACUUCGAGGCGAGGCUGCUGACCCAGUUCCCGAACGCGGAGAAAAUGAAGACGACCACGCCGCCCACAGAGGACAUCAAAAACUCCUCUGGACAGUACAUCCAGUGUUUCACCGUGAAGCCCAAACUGGAGCUACCCUCUAAGUUUCAGAACAAGUCGGUGUCAGAACAGAUCGUCAGCUUUUAUACGGUGAAUGAAGUCCAAAAGUUCCAGUACUCCAGGCCCUUUAGGAAGGGAGAGAAAGAUCCGGAGAAUGAGUUUGCAAAUAUGUGGAUCGAGAGGACCACGUAUGUGACAGCAUACAGACUCCCAGGAAUCCUGCGCUGGUUCGAGGUGCAUUCCUCCUUCACGGAGGAGGUGAGUCCUCUGGAGAACGCCAUGGAGACCAUGCAGCUGACAAACGAGAAGAUCAACAACAUGGUGCAGAGGCAUCUGAACGACCCCAACCUUCCCAUCAACCCCCUCUCUAUGCUGCUGAACGGCGUUGUGGAUCCAGCCGUCAUGGGAGGCCUGACCAACUACGAGAAGGCUUUCUUCACAGAGAAGUACAUGCAGGAGCACCCUGAGGACCUGGAGAAGAUUGAGAAACUGAAGGACCUGAUCGCCUGGCAGAUCCCAUACCUGGCAGAGGGUGUGCGCAUCCACGGCGAGAAGGUGACGGAGGCACUGCGGCCCUUCCACGAGCGGCUGGAGGCCUGUUUCAAGCAGCUGCGUGAGAAGGUCGAGAAGCAGUAUGGUGUCAAGACCCUGCCGGUGUUGGAGGAGCGGCGAGGCAGCCGACCGCGGUCCAUGGUGCGCUCCUUCACCAUGCCAUCCUCACAGCGCCCCCUGUCUGUGGCCUCCGUGGCGUCCGUCACCUCCCUGUCCUCCGACAACUCCCCCUCCAGGCCGGGCUCCGACGGCUUUGCCCUGGAGCCCCUCCUGCCGAAGAAGCUGUACUACAAGUCCCAGGACAAGCUGGACCGCGAAGAGCCCGAAAAGGAGCGCAAGGACAAGAAGAAGGACAAGAGGCAAAGCAAACACCAGGAGGCUUUCGAGAAGGACCUGCGGGUCCCGGAGGCCCCGGCCCCAGCCGCCGAGGCAGUCAUCCUGUCUGAGACGAUCAGCCCCCUCAGGCCCCAGAGACCAAAGAGUCAGCUGAUCGUGUUGCCGGGAGACCGCCGCCUGUCCGUGUCCCCGGCACCCCAGGCGUCGUCCACUGCAGCGCCGCCGCCCAUCGCUCCCCGGGCCAAACAGGGCUACAGCCUGCUGUCCGCCUCCAAUCUGGAGCUGAACGGGACCGCCGCCUUGGAGAAAGGAGAGACGCCUCCUCCGCUGCCAGUCAAGGGCAGCAUGGCUGACUACAGCAACCUGGAGAGCCAGGAUCCAGGCAGCCCCACCACACCGCCGGCCCUCUCUCAGCGGCAACUGCCCCCGCCUUUGCCCAGCAAGACUCCGCCGCCCCCCCCACCUAAGAGGAAGCAGCCGUCAGUCGAUUCGGGAAUCGUCCAAUGAGCGAAGGCCGGGAGCUGAGCUGUGACGGUCUCGUCCUGCCAGCCGCCUUCUUUCCCUCCUCUUUGCCGACGAGAUGAAUACCUCAUUCAGUACUUCUACAUGGUUUUUUUUUUUUUUUUUAAGUUUAUUCCCUCCCUCCCUUGGCCCCCCGCGAAGGGGACCCCCCUUGCUGCUGCAGAUCGCAGGAUCAUGGCCCGUUGGGACGCCACUCGCCCGUCCCGAGCCGGAUGACUUCCAGCUGACUGGGAAAGGAGGCUGCAGCCGGAUCGGCAGUGACCGUGUUUUGUCACACUGCAGACUGUAACGGAGAUGACUCUCUGCCUUCCCGCCCUGUACAGAUGUCUGUAUAUAUGAUUUUAAGAGUCUGUGGGUUUUAUUUCUGUGCGGUGUUUGGAGAAGCAGAUUUUUAACUGUCGUUUUUUAAUUAACACUGCAUUCGAGUAAUUGGCAGAUACUCUGGAAAAUGGCCACUGGGCUAUGAAAUGACAGGGAGCAUAUAAAUGUGCCUGUGUACCGUUACUGUUAGAUGCUGUGUAAUAUCGGGAACCGCUGGCCUUCUAAGUGUACCAGGCUUAGCUACUCAUAGUAUCUUUGUAUAGGAUUUUAUAUCUGAAAGCUAUAACCUCGGACUUCACUCUUCCAGAUCCACUACUGACUUUCAAAUAAACUCAGUACUUGUGUAUUUUUAA